AAACUUUUAUAUUAAUUUAAAUGAAAGCCUUAUAACAACCCUGAAACCAACCCUUGAAACAACCCUUAAACAUUUAUGUUAGUAACUGAUCAGGUCUUGAAUAGUAUAUUUAAAAUCUAUAUAAGAAUGGGAAUAACUCCGAUAUUCAUUGUAUUUCUGGUUGGUGUUUAUUCUAGUGUCUGGCGAUUGAAGAAAAAUAUGUUUGAUAUCGGUUAUUUUGACGAGCACUCUUCAACAGAAAGUACAACUGUUGCCAUCCCUGUUGAUCUCAACUAUAAGCCAUCAAAUAUAAGUGUGCCAGACCCCCUUUAUGGUGAAUUAUCCGUUGAUGCCCCUGUCAAGUCCAAUAGAUUCCUGAACGACACCCUUGCUGUUGUCUACGCCCCUGAAUUUCUCGAGGACAUAGGGAAUCAUACAAAUUCUACUCAGAAAAUCAAUUCAAACCAAUCUAAUACUACAGUUGACACCCCUUACAAAUCUGCCAGAUUGGAUGACACCUUUGCUUUUGCCCCUGAAGUGUUCGAGAAUAUGCAAAGCUACCUAAACUAUACUGAUCAACCAGAUUAUAUCUUAAGGAAUAUGGAUGUAAAUAAUACUCUUAAUCAAACUGGACUCAUGAAUGUUAAACAUUAUGCUUUAACUGUCUACCCUACUUUUUUACUGCUUGUUCUAAAUGUUAUCCUGGUUAUCUACAUUAUUAUUAUCCGCUGUUGUACGAAAACUAAAAGAAGAAUGAGAAAUCGAGAAACCCAAACUGACGUCGCUAUCUACACAACUAGUUUAUUUAUAUGUCCUAAUCAAAAUUUAUCAAGUAAUGUGUUGGUGAAUGAAAACUUUUGUGAAGUAGAUCUUAAUACUCCUUAGACAGUUUUACUGUUUAUAAACGUGUAAUAUAAAUUCAUUGUUUAUUGAAGAUUUAACUAAUAAUAAAAUGUAAUUUUUAUAAUCUAUUUGUUCAUAUAGUAUAACUCGCCAUUAUGUACCGAAAAUACGGUACUAUGUUUCUUUAUACUUUUAAAUUAUCUUUUCUGAGGAUUGCUUUCUGAAUCUAUAUUUUUCUAUCUCAGUGAGAGAGGCUCAAAGUUUACUUACAAGGUUUAUUGUUAUUUCAUACUUCAUUUACAUCCAACGAGCAGUUGCAAAUUGCAAAAUACAAAGAUUAUAUAGCUUUUUAUAUAUAGUUUAGCUAGGCCUGAAUAUAGAUUGAAAAGAGCUUGGUAUAUUUUAACAAAGAACAAGAAUAAGGCUGAAAUAUUUGAAAAUAAUUAAAACAUAUUUUUACCAUUCUGGUACGACU